AUGGUACUUCAUAGCUCUGCAAAGAGCCGUGCAUGUAAAAGUCAACUGAGAAAUUCCCGCUGUGGCCACUGGGUUGACAUCACAGAGUGCGGGCUGCCGCUCUCCACCAAGGCCCAGGCUGGGAAGGGAAGGACGCCUCUGACAGAGGACUGGGAGCGGUGGGUGGUCAGGGUGUGUGGUGGGCAGCUCUCCAAGGAACUAGAAGGGCUCUCCCGACCCUCCGGUAGCUGGGCUUUAACUGUACUUGGAGUUAUUCUGGCGCGAUUGUAUUUCCUGAUUGUUUUGUUGGCCUUGGCAGAGUUAUAUGAAGAUGAAGCUAAAAGGCAGUCAUUGUGUCCAGACAAACCAACAACUCCAAAAACCAGUAACACAAAAGUAUCACAGAGUCUUAAAAUUGAUUCUCUUAGAAGGCUGAGAAAACCAGAGAGAAGCAUGAGCGAUGACAAAGAAAACCAAAGAUUUUAUUCAGGUGACUCAGAAUAUAGAGAAUUGCAGAUUUCUGGGGCUUCUAAUAAUCCAAGUAAAAUCGUUGCUGAACUCUUCAAGGAAGCAAAAGAACAUGGGGCUGUCCCGCUAGAUGAAGCCUCAAGAGCAUCUGGUGAUUUCAGUAAAGCUAAGUCAUUUUCUGGUGGUGGAUAUAGAUUGGGUGACUCAUCACAAAAGCACUCUGAAUACAUAUAUGGAGAAAAUCAGGAUGUUCAAAUUUUGCUGAAACUAUGGAGGAAUGGCUUCAGUUUAGAUGAUGGCGAGUUGAGAUCCUAUUCAGACCCAACAAAUGCUCAGUUUCUCGAGUCUGUUAAAAGAGGGGAAAUUCCUGUGGAACUGCAGCGAAUUGUUCAUGGUGGCCAGGUUAAUUUGGAUAUGGAAGACCACCAAGAACAGGAAUAUGUGAAGCCUAGACUGCGUUUCAAAGCUUUCAGUGGCGAGGGCCAAAAACUUGGAAGCCUUACACCUGAAAUAGUCAGCACACCUUCUUCCCCAGAGGAGGAGGAGAAAUCCAUUCUUAACGCACCUGUACUGAUUGAUGAUUCCAUGCCAGCAACUAAAAUUCAAAUUAGAUUAGCAGAUGGAAGCCGAUUAAUACAAAGAUUUAAUCAAACACACAGGAUUAAGGAUAUUCGAGAUUUCAUUAUCCAGUCCCGUCCAGCAUUUGCAACAACUGAUUUUGUUCUUGUGACUACCUUUCCAAAUAAAGAGCUAACAGAUGAAAACCUGACACUACAAGAAGCAGAUAUACUUAACACUGUGAUUCUUCAGCAAUUAAAAUAAUCCUACAGUUGUUGGUACAAUAUAGGGAACGUGCUGUAUUGUCAUACAAUAUGUUUCCAACAGAUGAAAAAAAGGAAAGAUUGGCAUCUUUUUAUUCCUUGACUUCCACGGAUCAGAUUUUUGGGUUUCAUGUCUUCCAGCUAUAGCAUAUCUAACUUUUUUUAUUUUGAUUUCUCAACAUCAUUUAACCUUUUUUCAGUGUUAAAAUUAAGUUUCCCUAUGUUAGUAUGUUUCAAACCACAUCUUGUACUAAAUGUGAAAUGACUUUUCAUUAUUUUGAGGGGGGCAGGGGGAGAAGCAUUUUUCGGAAGGGGAUAGUAUCUUUCAUACAGUUGGUAAGAUUUGCACUAUGGAAAUGUUUUAUGCUGCACUGACAAACAGCCAUUUGGAAACUUAGCCUGUAGGUUAUGUUUACCUUCCAAGCUGUAUUAAUAUUAAGGUGUUCUGUUUAAUAGGUCGACAGAUAAUUAAUGC